AUGUUUCAUACAUUUUUAGCGAUUGUUGUUAUAAUUUCUUUGUUAAAAACUCACGUUGCUGGGAUUAGAUUUGUGAUCGAUAGAGAAGAAUGUUUGUCUCAUAAUGUUGAUUAUGAGGGAGAUACGGUUCAUGUUUCUUUUGUUGUAAUUAAGGCAGAAUCGCCAUGGCAUUUUUCCGAGGACGGUGUUGAUCUAGAGAUAAAAGGCCCGGAUGGAGAGGAGGUGUACAAUGUACAUGAUAAAUCUAGCGAGAUGCACGAGUUUGUGGCUCAAAAGAAAGGUUUAUACCAUUUUUGCUUCAUAAACAGGUCUCCAUAUCACGAGACCGUUGACUUUGAUGUUCAAGUUGCCCAUUUUGGAUCCAACGAUCAACAUGUAAAAGACGAGCAUUUUAAGCCAUUGUUUGAUCAAAUAACAAAAUUGGAGGAAGCACUUUACAACAUUCAGUUUGAACAGCAUUGGUUAGAGGCAGAGAACGAUCGACAGGCAAUUAUAAAUCAGAAAAUGAGUAAGAGAGCAGUCCAGAAGGCUCUAAUCGAGUCUGCAGCACUGAUUGGAGCCAGCGUCCUGCAGGUCUAUCUUCUACAACGUCUGUUUGAGCGAAAAAUGGGGUUCAUCUAGGGUGUAAGAAGAUGGAGUGUAUAUACAUUACUUAUAUUUGGUGUUAUUUAGGCCGAAUGUAGAUUUCUCAAUGGCCUAGUAAAACACCCCAUUAAAUUACAAGAAGUCUAUUGCAAUGCAUCUGGUAU